GACUGCGUGACUGACCAUUCGCCGUCUUAUCAGUCGCACAACUCUAUAAUGGCAUUGUCAAUUUUUAAGGAUUUACCUGAGGAGCAUCCGCGCAACUUGAUACCGUCGCUAUGUAGGCAAUUCUAUCACCUGGGCUGGGUAACCGGGACUGGUGGCGGCAUGAGCAUUAAAUACAACAACGAAAUCUAUAUCGCGCCAUCGGGGGUACAAAAGGAGCGUAUGCAACCGGAAGACCUCUUUGUGCAGGACAUAGAUGGCAAGGAUUUGCAAUUGCCACCAGAGAUCAAGGGCCUGAGCAAGAGUCAGUGCACCCCGCUCUUCAUGCUGGCAUACAGGCAUCGCAAUGCCGGCGCAGUCAUUCACACGCAUUCCCAGCAUGCUGUAAUGGCAACAUUGCUGUGGCCAGGGAAAACGUUUCGUUGCACACAUCUGGAAAUGAUUAAGGGCGUCUAUGAUGAAGCUGAUAAGCGCUAUCUUCGGUACGACGAGCUACUGGUUGUGCCCAUCAUUGAGAAUACGCCCUUCGAACGGGACCUGGCCGACAGCAUGUAUGCGGCCAUGAUGGAAUACCCCGGAUGUUCUGCUGUUCUUGUGCGCCGCCACGGCGUCUAUGUUUGGGGUCAGACAUGGGAAAAGGCUAAGACUAUGUCGGAGUGCUAUGACUACCUAUUCUCCAUUGCCGUCCAGAUGAAGCAGGCCGGACUGGACCCGGAAAAGUUUGAGAACGCAUUGCAGGCAUAAGCAUUAAGCUCACUUUAAUAUUAAAAUGUACAUAAUAAAU